AUGCGAGCCAGUUUUAUAUGCCUAGUCCUCUAUUCAAUAGGCAUCAUAGGACCUGCGUACGUUGGUGGAAUUGAGGUUUAUCCAAGACAAGAUGUCAAUGCGGUAUUACCUACUAAAAGCACACCUACAACGACAUUAUCGCCAGACGCUUCCAGCAAGCCUUCGAAAGCCGUGGCAUCAGUAAAUGCUGUGUCCGGCACUCCAACAUCGAAAAUAGAUACAAACGCUACCACUAGCAUCGGAAAUGAUACAUCAUCUACCGAAAGUCCGCGCCCCUCUGACCUUUCCUUCUUGAAUGGGACUGAGCUCGAUCCAAACGCCCUUCCCCUUCGUCCGAAAAUAACCCCGGGGUUGUCAAUUGCCGGCGUUGUGCUUAUUAUAUCAGGCGGGGUACAUGCAUUGAUUGGGACCAGAAAUAAAUGGAUUCAGAUAUUUUUUUCUGUGGCAUUUUCAACAGCCCUUGCCGUGACAGCUCUCAUUAUUUAUCUCAUGCAACCCCCUGUUAGAGAUGCCGUGCAAGGAGCCUUUGUUGUUGCAGCUACUGUAACAGGUAUAGUAUUUGGGGGUACUUCCUUACUUUUCCAGGAGGCUACAGAAGGGUUUGGGUGUUUACUUGGCGGAUUCUCUCUGAGCAUGUGGAUUCUUCCAAUGAAACCGGGUGGCCUCCUCAUAGAGGUCGGCCAUAAGGCAGCCUUCAUUAUAAGCCUUACCAUCGGUCUCUACAGUUUGUCAUUCAUUCACCGUACACGUCCAUAUGCAUUAAUUUUCUCGACUUCUUUCUCCGGUUCCACAGCUGCGAUUCUAGGCAUUGACUGCUUUAGCAGGGCUGGUCUGAAGGAAUUCUGGGUUUAUUUAUGGGAACUAAAUGAGAAAGUAUUCCCGUCUAACACAAAAACCUAUCCUAUUACCCGAGGAAUUCGAGCGGAGCUUGCAGGCAUCGUUGCAAUUUUUCUGAUGGGCCUUUUAUCUCAAGCCAAGUUGUGGAAGGUGAUUAAAGAUCGCCGGCGAAAAGAGGCCGCUUUACUGGAAGAAGAACAAAAGAAGCGUGACCAGAUUGAAGAAGAGAUAGCGAGAAAUUUGGAAGAGGGCACGAGUCGAGAUAGAGCUCAGUGGGAAUCUAUAUAUGGCGGCCAGGAGCGGCCACCAAACGAUUCUGGGAUUGACAUCGAGCAGGCGGCAGAUCAUGAAAGGCACUUGGCGACGCCAGAAAAUAGAACACCAGCGGGGCAAACCCAGAUUUAUGAAAUGGAUGCGCUGCAUAGGCCAGCUGGAGAUACCAGAUCACGGAAACCGAUUCAGUCAUUGAUUUCAGCUACUCAAUCCGAUACUCCUCUGUCCAAUGGGUCUUCUUCCGAGGAUGCACAGGACACCAAUCCGAAUAUAGCCCCUGGACACCAGCCAGGAUUGCAUGAAUUACCUGCGGAUCAUGAGAAGCUCGUCCCUUCCAAUACUGUUACUAACUCAGUUAGGGCCAAUCCUUUUGAAGUUAGGGCGGAUGAUGAGUGUAGUUCAGCUGCGGCCUCGUUGGCCGAGUCGGACUACAUGGAAUGCGUGCAUACUGAAAUGGCCUCUGGGGAUUUACUCCGACAUUCAGAACCUGAGCAGACUAUGGAGGGCAACCUCAAAGGUGACGACGGUGACGGAUUCACUUUCGUUAACGAUACUCGGAGCAUUUCUUCUUCCGUUAAAGUGGAAGCCAAUGAAGAACUCGAUUAUAACGUGGGACCCCGGCAGGUCGACAGCGGUACACUAUGCAGUCCAUCUUCUGUAUACUCUAAUUUUCAAGGGACGGCUGAACCGACCUUCAUCACGGAGCCUGAUUCAUCUGUUCUGGACAGCACCAAUGACAACGAAGGAGCUGUAAUAAACAAUGCACCUGCCCCUGUGCUCAAAAUUAGAUGGGCAGACUACAACACUCCAAAGAAGACCCCAAGGCUAGCUAACCGGAAUCAAGAGUUUGAUGAAAAUGCCGGUGUUUACUCAAGUGAAAGUGACCAGACCCCGGCAACCGAUAUCCCUUCGCCCGAGUCGGACGAGUCUAGCACAGGAACGGUAGAUCAAAAAUCCACUUCAACGCGUGCAUCUGUCGCUGUCGAGCCUGUUACUGAAAGUAUUUCAGCUGAUCAGCGAACGUCAGAUAAGCACGAUAAACCGAGCGACGCUUCGGGAUCUCUUAUGUCGAGCAUUCCUGUCCCAAAGAGAUUGUCGAAAAUGCAAUCGGCGCUUCCGUCAAGAGCGAAGUUGACAUCGGAGUCAGUGGACAGCAUCGCCAAUCACAUGUCUAGAGCAGUACUCUCCCACAGGACAAACGAAUGGGCUAAACAUAUCUCCGAUGCUGAACCUCCAGAAAUCAGGGAAACUGAUGAGGUGGAGCAAGAUGCGGAAAUAGAUGAACCAGCUGCCCCUGUGUUAGUAUCAGAGCUUAAACAAACCGCCACGGGAGCCUUGCCGUUUCAGGGGUUCGAUACAGAUAAUUCAGCCUCUUCCAGGUCUCAUCACGAAGAAGACCUGGGACUUGUACCGAGUUCCCCUAGAAAGUCAUAUACUGGCUUCCAGACGACCAACAGUAUUCCAGCUCCAUCACCUGUUAAAUCUUCCAACUCUACAAACCGUUCUAAAACCCCACCCAUUCAUCCACUACACCGCUCAGGGUCCAGCUCCACACUCAAUGUAGCUGGGCAAUCGGAUAGGAAUGGGACAAGACCCGCUUCAUCCAUCCCAUCAAUCUAUAUCCCCGCUAACAGUAUACCGGAAAUGAACAAAGCACACGACCGGAGCCCACCGACCAGAAAACUCCGCAUGCCGUCUUCUCUACUACUUGCGCAGCGUGAGACCGCAGUUCGCAACAGAUCCCUCCUACUUCCUUCAAACUAUUCAUCCCCAAACCUCGACCGCCUUUCUAGGUCCCAGUCCCAACUCUCUCUCAAGAUACCACCACAAACCGCAUGCCGAUCGUUCUCUCCACAUCCCUCCCACCAGCACCACUCGAACGUUGAAUCUGCCGACGACCUUCCUCUUUCCGUGCGUCGCCAGUUAAUCCAUCGAGACAUGCACACCCAAAACCAGGCGCAAACACCACCGGGCCGACACCGCCGCACAUCUCUUUGCAGUUAUUUAUCUCUCGACAACAUGUCUCUAGUUACUCCCCGACGGCAAUAUCAAGACCAUGCACAAGAGCAGGAUUUACUACAGGUCCGUGAGGCGAAACUUGCUCGCUGGCGUGAAUCGUUCAGGGAAGAAAACCUGGUAAAGCACCUUCCAGAUGCGGCUCUGGAGACACGCCGGGCCGAUCUGCUCAAAAAGCUGCAGCGCAGUCAGCUGAGGAGACAGAAGGAGGCUAUCAAGGACAGCCAUCGCACCUCGAUGAUAGAACAGGCGGUGAGGAAGGGGCAUCUACAAUAUGUGCAUAACGAGGCGCUGAGACGGAUGCAGGCGGCGGCGAAUAAACAUGUCUAA